AAUCGCGCUUACAUUACACCUGCCACUACGUGUCGCCGCGGCACAUGAAUGCUGAAACACAAGUCUAUCGUCAUGAGACGCAUCUUUAUCGUCUGGCGUUUAAUUCUGGUUUUAAUUCUGGUUUUAAUUUUCUUCCCUCUGUAUUCCGCAAGCUUUCACACGAGCGCGGAGGAGGCAGGACGCGAAUACUCGAAGGGAUGCGCUCAUCUGCAGUGCGAGAGCGGCAGCCGAUGCAUCAAACGGAGAUUCUGGUGCAAGAAUCCGCCUUGUCCGGGCAUGUUGUACUGUUUUAAGUCCAGGAACGAAUUAUUGAAGGGGCCAUUUACUUGCGACACCGUGCGCUGCAGCAGCGGACACAUAUGCGUCGUUAGAGUUCGAGGAUGUCGUUGGGACGAAAAAUGCCAGCAGCAGAUUGCGCGUUGCAUAUCAGAGAAGGAGUAUCACGAGGGAGCGGCUUCCUGCGCGGGCUUCAAGUGUCCAGAGGGAAAUCGUUGUAUCCUGCGGGAAUCACAUUGUGUCAAUCCACCCUGCAAACUCGUCAGGAGCUGCGACAAGUCAAAAGACGUGCAGAUCUGGUUCGACACAUGCAAAGCUAUGGACUGCCUCUCGGAGUACGAGUGUUUCCUGCGAAAACCGGACAACAAUUGUCUUGACACAUCGUGCGCGCACACACCUGAUUGUACUCUGACCACUGAAGAAGAGCUGAUCAGUAAAUACUGCCGCGGCUGGGUCUGUCCGCCAAUGCAGAAGUGUGUGGUUCGAAUUGUAGGUUCGUGCAGGGGCUUCAAUUGUGCCACAGAGAGAUCCUGCCGACCCCUCACCGUAUUUACGAACUUAUUCGAGCACGAUACAUCUGCAAAUAACAAGACUGAAAGGACCCUGAUGCAAAUCGGAACCGGGUUGACCCAUCAAGAAACGGAGAGACGCGAAAUGAACACGCCGACACGUUAUCCAAUCACGAGGAAAAAGACAACUUCCCCGGCGACUUCAACGAGGAAGCAAACAGAUUACACAACAUCCCAGACGGAAAUUUCGCUGAUUCAUCAGCGGACCACGACGAAAUCAAGCUCCAUCAUCGAGCCACCAGAUGCAUCAUCGUCUACCCGACCACAUUCCAUGUCUCACCCUCGAUCCUGGUCGAAUCCCGAUGAAUUAUUAACAACGAGCACCACCAACAACGGAUUGAAGAUUACAGACGAGAUCGACUUUCACGCGACCACUCCGAGAUUCUCCGGCUGGUCGAGGAACUCGAGUCUCCCGGCGACCCCGUUCACGGAGCGGAGAUUUAAAUCUACUGCUGCGCGCAACACGACAACGGGAUUAAAGCUGCUGAAGAAGAUCUACAUAGCGGCCGACGACGCUGUGCUGUCGCUUCCUGUGGUGUUGGAGGGUAUUAACUUAGUCGGACAAGGCUAUCCGAUCUGGACAGAGAGCGAGCUACAUCGUACGGCAGCAUUAGCGGUGGAAAACGAGGAUGAGAGUGGAUGGACGUACUACGCACCGCGGGAGCCUUAUAGGAUUUUAUUACCGCCAUACGAACCGGUGAUCUUCGUCGAGGACACGAGACGAGGACAGCUACCUCCGUUUUUCACUUACGCGCUUGAUCACUCCUUUAACGAAGCGGCCUUGGAAGAAAUUCCGUCUCGAGAUACAACGGGAAAUUCAAAAAUGGAUAAUGAUCCGGCAAGUGUAGUUGACGGGAUUAGCAAUGAUACAAAUGUUACUGCAACUGUCGAGAUGGGAAACCUCAGAACAAAUCAUUUCGAUGACUCGUCCGGCGAUUAUGCGAAACUCCGCGCGAUGAAAGCAGACGUUGUUACGCCGAAUAUUCGCGACAGACAGUCGGACAGUUACUAUGACGAUUACGAGUGGCGGCCGUGGUAUGUGAUUCGCGAUUACUUGGAAAGAAGCGUGCCGCAGUUCGUCCACGAGAAAGAGCUUACAUCUGCCACCGACGAGUUUGCGACAGGCCGAAAUGAGACGUGGGCUGAAAGGCUCGGCGAGGGUCGAGUUGCGCACGAAAACAAAGAUCGGUUUUCUGAUAGACAACUCGCAUAUAAACCCAUUAAAAAUCUUGCGACACCCAAUCCAAGACCAUCCCGCGUCCCGACCGGACGCGACGAUUAUAGCUCUGAGGAUGAUGAGGAACAUCAUAGCCUUGUAAAUUAUCCUUACGGCACGAUAGCCGUUCACGAGACCGAUAAGUCCAGGCAAGGACACCGAGGAUCCUCUCUGGACCAAAUUGUCGACAUCUCACGGGAUCAGGAGUCGGCCACGUUUUCAUUCGGCGAGCUUGACGGGCGGAGGAACGAACGUCCGAUGUUUCUCUACGAGACGUCGCCCUAUCGUACCUACGGCGAUAAUGAGCAGAAAAACGAGGAAUACGACGAAUAUUACAGUCACUAUGGGCUACGACAACGUUACGCGGAGAGCUCGCUUCAUGGUCCGCCGGCGGUGCACCGGAACGAAGAUAAAUGCGCUCUCGGUGGAGCAGAUGCACCGGUGCAUGGCCGGUCAAGGGAUAUCAUGAGUUGCAACUGCCCAUUGGCGACGUCAACGGGGCCCACGUUGGCCUCGACAUGCGGCGGGCCGUCCUUCAUGCUCUUCAUGGGGCUGCUAGAGGUCUUCCUACGCAGCCAGUGCGACCUCGAGGACCCGUGCAACAGGCCCGCGCCACCGAGCAAUGUCAAUUCAAGGUAUGACUUCGUGGUGAUAGGAGGCGGUAGCGCAGGUGCGACCGUCGCGGCCAGAUUAUCGGAAGAACCCAGAUUCUCCGUGUUGCUACUGGAGGCCGGGCUGGACGAGCCCACCGGCACUCAGAUACCCUCGUUCUUCUUCAAUUUCAUCGGCAGCGACAUCGACUGGCAGUAUAAUACCGAAAGCGAGAACGAGGCAUGCCUAAACAAAGAGCACAACCAAUGUUAUUGGCCAAGGGGAAAGGUCCUCGGCGGCACCAGCGUCAUGAACGGGAUGACAUACAUGAGAGGAUCCCGCAAGGAUUACGACGACUGGGCCAGGUUUGGCAACGUCGGUUGGUCUUACAGAGACGUCCUUCCGUAUUUUAUAAGGAGCGAAGAUAAUCAACAAGUGAACAACAUGGACUACGGCUAUCACGGAGUCGGCGGGCCGCUCACGGUCACGCAGUUUCCUUAUCAUCCGCCGUUGAGCUUCGCCCUCUUGGAAGCCGGCAAAGAGAUGGGAUACGACACGGUCGAUCUGAACGGACGGACGCACACAGGAUUCGCCAUAGCGCAGACCACGUCGCGAAAUGGUUCACGGCUGUCCACGGCGCGUGCUUUCCUCCGUCCCGCCAGGAAUCGGCCAAACCUUCACAUAAUGCUGAACUCGACGGCGACGAGGAUCCUCUUCGACGAGAACAACAGGGCGGUCGGCGUCGAAUUCGUCCACGAUGGAAUGAUUAAGCGCGUGUCGGUGGCGAAAGAGGUCGUCAUUAGCGGAGGUGCCGUUAACUCGCCGCAGAUCCUCUUGAACAGCGGCAUAGGGCCUCGGGAAGAGCUCAACGCGGUGGGUGUGCCGGUCGUCCGUGAUCUUCCAGGUGUCGGCAAGAAUCUUCACAAUCACGUGGCCUACGCUCUGGUCUUCACCAUUAAUGACACCGACACCACUCCUCUCAACUGGGCGACCGCCAUGGAGUACUUGCUGUUCAGGGACGGUCUGAUGUCUGGCACAGGGAUCUCCGAGGUGACGGCGAUGAUCAACACCAAGUUCGCAGAUCAACGGGAAGAUCACCCAGACGUUCAGUUAAUCUUCGGCGGCUACCUGGCCGACUGUGCGGAGACCGGUAUGGUGGGCGAGAAGAAGGGCGCGAACCGCAGCAUCUACAUCAUCCCGACGAUUCUGCAUCCGAAGAGCCGCGGUUAUCUGCGCUUGCGAAACAACGACCCCCUCUCGAAGCCGCUGAUCUACCCCAAAUACCUGACUCAUCCCGACGACUCGGCCGCUCUUGUGGAGGCUAUUAAGUUUAGCAUCAAGUUAGCGGAGACCCAGGCGCUCAAGAGGUAUGGUUUCGAGCUGGACCGAACCCCGGUGAAAAACUGCGAGCACCUGAAAUUCGGCUGCGACGCUUACUGGCAUUGCGCGAUCCGACACGACACCGCGCCCGAGAAUCAUCAGGCGGGCUCGUGCAAGAUGGGACCGCCGGACGACCCCUUGGCCGUGGUUGACAAUCAAUUACGAGUCAGAGGGGUGCGGGGCGUGAGGGUGGCCGACACGAGCAUCAUGCCGAGAGUGACGUCCGGCAAUACGAACGCGCCCGCGAUCAUGAUCGGUGAAAGAGCAGCGGACUUCAUCAAGAAGACCUGGGUCGGUUGACUCGAACUUGCUUGAUGUUCGAUUACGACGUUCUCCUACUUCGCGAGAAGCAGCGUGAUUCUCCAGGCGAUACGAAUAUCUGAAAGACGUCCAGGAAGAAGUUCCGCCGACUCUUCAGACAUUUCUUCGAGCGUUCUUUCGAUCUUCGCUUUAUUUCGAGUCCAUAUAGUACGUACACCUUGUGUGACACGCAUUCUUUCGGCGAUCUUAAAAUGUCUCUUUCUCUCUCAGCAAUCGUAAUCAUCACAUCUCCAAUUAUCGAAUUAUCGACUCGUUACACGACGCUGCACCCGGAAUAUUAUUCAAUCGCGGCUUAUCACUGCCUCGGCAUCUCGUGUCAUUCAUACAAUGUAUCUCUCUCGAGACUUACAUAAUAGUAUCGCCGACAACAAGGAUCGUGUUACCGGUUUCUCCUAGCUAUAAGACAGCUUAGAGUUUUAUUUCACGCCCGUUCGGGCCGUACGUUUAAGCACUCCUCGUGGUAACAGUCUGUCCCAGUGAUCGUAACUUCGUACCAAAUAGAUCAGCCGUCGCCAACCGCGAUAACCUUCGACAAGCGAGACCACCCGCUCGCAAUCCUGCUGCGCGUUUCCACCGUACAAGUAAAGUUAAGCGAGCUCAUUACUGUAAAUAGUACAUUAUAUCGCCGGUGUAUUCUCCCACGAAUCACUUGUAAGAUGAUGUACAAAUAAAGGACGUCCUAUCGCGGAAGGUCUCGAUA